AUGGCAACCCGUUUUGACGACCUUGAUGUGUUCGUUUCUUUCAGAUCUUUUGAUGUACAGCCCAGCUCUGAAGGACUAGAGACUUCUUCAGAACCCAUUCCUUCUUCGGGUAGCAGUCAUAGGCCUGCUGCUCAACCUGCGUUAUAUGCAAGGGCUCCUGCGCAGUUUUCCGUGCUUACAGAACCCUCCUCUGACAGUCUUUACGAGGCAACCUGCCCUGCAUCCCAUCAGAGAGGCCACGCAUUUGGCUUUCAGCCCCUCUAUGUUUCUUAUAUUCCUCAGAAUCCCUGUAAUACCGCAGACCUCGGCUCAAGCCCUGAUCCUACCUCUUCUUAUCCUUGUCAUAGCUCUGUUCACAGCUCUGGCUCUGGCCCUUGUGCUCCUGCCCAGAGCUCCGAGCCUAGCCAGGGCUCAGGUCCCACCUCUGGGCCUGUUCCUGCCUCUGGACCUAGUCUUGUCUCUGGACCUGAUUCUGCCUCUGGACCCGAUUCUUCUGGGUCUGGACCUGCUCUUCCUCCUGGACCUGAACCUUCUGGACCUGGUCCUAAGCCUGGCCCCUGCGUUCCUCAAGCACUCAGAUGCAUCCCAAUAGAUCUGCUCCCUAAUUAUGAUACAUGGUGUCAGCACUUACACUGGAAGCCACAACACUCCUGGGAGCCUCUACAAGUCUCAGAGCCUGGAGCAAGAGGGCCAUGUAAACCUCCAGAAGUUGAAUCUGAGGAAAUUCUCUGUAAAACACGGCCACGUGGCCAGUGCCUCCUCUACAACUGGGAGGAAGAGAGAGCCACCAACCAGCUGGAUCAAAUCCCACCAUUACAAGAUGGCUCUGAGAGUUACUUCUUCCGACAUGGACACCAGGGUCUGCUGAGCAUGCAACUUCAGUCACCCAUGUCCUCUAGCACCACCCAGAAAGACUCAUACCAGCUCCCAAGACACGCCUGUCAGCCACUUCGAGGGAAGCGUGAAGCCAUGCUGGAGAUGCUCCUGCACCAUCAGAUCUGUAAAGAGGUGCAGACAGAGCGGGAGCCUACAAGGAAGCUCUUUGAGACGGAGUCAGUAACACAUCAUGACUACAGAGUGGAGUUGGUACGAGCAGGGCCUCCUGCCCCAACAAAGCCUCAUGAUUACCGUCGGGAACAACCUGAAACCUUCUGGAUACAGCAAGCAGGACGACUACAGGGUGUCAGUGACAUCAGGACACUGGAUACACCAUUCCGGAAGAACUGCAGCUUCUCAACACCAGUGCCCUUGUCUCUGGGGCAGCCUUUGCCUUACGAACUGGAGAACGGCCCCCACCAAAUGGGGGUAAUGUCUUCCCUUGCCUGUCAGGGAGGAGGGCAGGGGUAUGGAAGGAAGUGAACAACUCCAGUCUAAGAAUUGAGGAGGGAAGCAGACAUGGGGUUUGGAAUCUCUUUCUGUUUAUACUACAGAGGUAGUUUGGAUGGAGUUGAUUCUCUGUCCUUGAUGAGAGGUUUUACAUAAAGCACUCUCAUCCUGAA